GGAGGAGGGAGGGGGAGGAGGAGGGAGGGAGAGCCGUGGCGGCGGCUGCGCCGGGCUGUGUCUCUCGCCGCCGGAGGAAGAUGAGGCUGAAGAUUGGGUUCAUCUUACGCAGUUUGCUGGUGGUGGGGAGCUUCCUGGGGCUCGUGGUCCUCUGGUCUUCCCUCUCCGCACGGCCGGACGAGCCGAGCCCGCUGAGCAGGAUGAGGGAAGACAGAGAUGUCAAUAACCCCAUGCCUAACCGAGGAGGCAAUGGACUAGCUCCCGGGGAUGACAGAUUCAAACCUGUGGUGCCAUGGCCUCAUGUGGAAGGAGUAGAAGUGGACUUAGAGUCUAUUAGAAGAAAAAACAAGGCCAAAAAUGAACAGGAACACCAUGCUGGCGGAGAUUCCCAAAAAGACAUAAUACAGAGGCAAUAUCUCACAUUUAAGCCUCAGACGUUCACCUACCAUGAUCCUGUGCUACGCCCCGGGAUCCUCGGUAACUUUGAACCCAAAGAACCUGAACCUCAAGGAGUGGUUGGCGGCCCUGGAGAGAAAGCCAAGCCAUUGGUUUUGGGAUCAGAAUUCAAACAUGCAGUUCAAGCCAGCAUUAAGGAAUUUGGAUUUAACAUGGUGGCAAGUGACAUGAUCUCACUGGACCGCAGCGUCAAUGACUUACGACAAGAAGAAUGCAAGUAUUGGCAUUACGAUGAAAACCUGCUCACUUCGAGUGUUGUCAUUGUCUUCCAUAAUGAAGGAUGGUCAACACUCAUGAGGACAGUCCACAGUGUAAUCAAAAGAACUCCAAGGAAGUAUUUAGCAGAAAUUGUGUUAAUUGAUGACUUCAGUAAUAAAGAACACCUGAAAGAAAAACUGGAUGAAUAUAUUAAACUGUGGAAUGGCCUAGUGAAGGUAUUUCGAAAUGAGAGAAGAGAAGGUUUAAUUCAAGCACGAAGUAUUGGUGCUCAAAAGGCCAAACUUGGGCAGGUUCUGAUAUACCUCGACGCGCACUGCGAAGUGGCAGUGAACUGGUAUGCGCCACUGGUAGCCCCCAUAUCUAAGGACAGAACCAUUUGCACUGUGCCGCUUAUAGAUGUCAUAAAUGGCAACACGUACGAAAUUGUACCCCAAGGGGGUGGUGAUGAAGAUGGGUAUGCGCGAGGAGCCUGGGACUGGAGUAUGCUCUGGAAACGGGUGCCUCUGACCGCUCGAGAGAAGAGCCUGAGAAAGACAAAAACCGAACCGUAUCGGUCCCCAGCCAUGGCUGGUGGAUUAUUUGCCAUCGAGCGAGAGUUCUUCUUUGAACUGGGUCUCUACGAUCCAGGUCUCCAGAUUUGGGGUGGUGAAAACUUUGAGAUUUCCUACAAGAUAUGGCAGUGUGGUGGGAAGUUGCUGUUCAUUCCUUGUUCUCGUGUUGGACACAUAUACCGUCUUGAGGGCUGGCAAGGAAAUCCUCCACCCCUUUACGUUGGGUCGUCUCCAACUCUGAAGAAUUAUGUUAGAGUUGUGGAGGUUUGGUGGGAUGAAUAUAAAGACUACUUCUACGCUAGCCGUCCUGAAUCGAAGGCAUUACCCUAUGGUGAUAUAUCUGAGCUGAAAAAGUUCCGAGAAGACCAUAACUGCAAAAGUUUCAAGUGGUUCAUGGAGGAAAUAGCCUACGACAUCACCUCACACUACCCUCUGCCCCCGAAAAAUGUUGACUGGGGAGAGAUCAGAGGUUUUGAAACUGCUUACUGCAUUGACAGCAUGGGGAAAACGAAUGGAGGCUUUGUUGAGCUUGGGCCUUGCCACAGGAUGGGAGGGAAUCAGCUUUUCCGAAUCAAUGAAGCAAAUCAACUUAUGCAAUAUGACCAAUGUUUGACGAAAGGGCCUGAUGGAUCAAAAGUUAUGAUUACACACUGUAACCUAAAUGAAUUCAAGGAAUGGCAGUACUUCAAGAACCUACACAGGUUUACUCACAUUCCUUCAGGGAAGUGUUUAGAUCGCUCAGAGGUCCUGCAUCAAGUGUUCAUCUCCAGUUGUGACUCCAAUAAAAUGACUCAAAAGUGGGAAAUGAAUAACAUCCACAGUGUUUAGAAAGAAAGGAAUAAUCUACCUACUGACUAGUAAAUUUAUACAGGACUGAAAACCGCCUGAAACCUGCUGCAACGAUUAUUAUUAACUCUGUACAGCUCCCAACGUGGAACCUCCUGAUCAGUUUGAAGGACAAUGAUAAACUGUGAUUUUACAAUAACAUUAUCAUAUGCAGUUACUGUUUACAAAACUGCUUUUACCUUAAACUUUGUAGAUGUUUACAUCCUUUUUGUUUUUGUUUCAAGAUGAUGUUGGUAAUUUGUACCUUUAACUCUGCUUUGUUAGCACAGAGUUAAAAGCAUUGUCUUCUUUGGGAUUACACUCAGGGGUCUGAAAGGCAGUUUGAUUUUUUUUUUUUUAACACACACUUGAAAAAAGGUUGGAGUAACCAAACUUUCAUAUAUAACUUGGUGAUUAUCAACCUGUUGUGUCUUUAUUUAAUUUUACAUCUUUUUGAAGCACUGCCACAGGUUAUUAGCCAAGGUGGCCUUCCUUCACAGUCAUGCUGCUUUUUUGCAAGGUGAAUUUCAACAACACAUUUAGUGCCUCUCUCAUUUCUUGGUAUGUUUUUCAAAACCUUUUGAUGAAAUUUAUAGGCUGAUAAUAAGAUGAAUUGUCGUCACCUGUAUGGGAAAUAUUUGAACCACUCAGAAACAGAUUUAUGUGCUGCCAUUUGAUAUGAAGUUGAAUGCUCUAUAGCUUCAACAAGAAAUGACAAUGGGAACAUCUCAAGGCUAUUUCAUAGGGUUUGAAGAUUAUGUGGCAUUAACUUUGUGACCUACUGGUAUUCUCUAUGCCAUCUACCAUACGAACUCUAGAGAUGCAAGAGCCUUUCAGCUAGGAAAAGACUGUCCACAUACAUUUGGGAUUUACUUUUCCUUAGUAUUUGUGAAUAUAUUAAA